AAAGCUUCAGCUGCUCCUGGCAGCCUGCAGAGCUCCAUAGCUACCAUGGCUGUCAGCAAACCGCUCCUUCUGCUGGCGCUGGUCCUGCACAACACCAGAGAUCUGUUGGGAGCUGAGGUGAAGAGCUCCAUCGUCGGUGGAGAUGAUGCCACCAAGGGUGGAUGGCCAUGGAUGGUCUAUCUUAGCAUCAAAACAGAUGAUGGUGCACAAAAGUGGCAAUGUGGCGCCACCAUCCUCAACGAAUACUGGUUGCUGACUGCUGGACAAUGCUGGGAUGACCAGCUGAUUUCUCGAUGGGACCGAGUAGGUGUCUGGAUCGGCACACACAAGCUGAAAGAGCCAUCUGCACGUUACAUGCACGUCGGCACCAUCAUCCGCCACCCUGAGUACAGAGCGCAGGGCUACGGCUACAUAAACGACAUCUCCCUGAUUCAGCUGAAAAAAAGGAUUUCCUUCUCCAAGCUGGUUUCUAAGGUGAACUUACCCGGUGCUGAUGACACCUUCACCUCCUCGUCCGAGUGUUGGAUCACAGGCUGGGGAGACAUUAGAAAGGAUGUCCCACUGCCAGAUCCUGGAGUCCUUCAGCAGCUGAAGAUUCCCAUCUUGGCCCAGAGUGAAUGCAGAGCCUGGUAUCCUGAGGUGACCGACGCCAUGCUGUGUGCAGGAAACCCCGCUGGAGGGAAAGAUGCCUGCAAAGGGGAUUAUGGUGGUCCACUGGUGUGUCGUACAGGAAGUGGCUUUGUGCAGGUGGGAAUCAUGAGUUAUGGGAAUCCCGACGGCUGUGGCAUCCCAGGACGCCCUGGAGUCUAUACCCGGGUAUCCAAGUAUCUGGCCUUCAUCAAUAACUACAUCAGUCAAGAGCCGUAGUUGAAGGCUGAACUUCCAAGAAGCUGAAGACGCCCGUUUCACCUUCUACCAACCCUCCGCUGUCCUCUUCCUCCGAGCACGCUUUCAGUCUGAAUCAUGUAUGAACAAAUCUGGCAUUAAAGCUCGUAAGCAUCA